UUUUUUUUUUUUUUUUUGUGGGGUGUUUUUGCUGAAAUUUCUUAGAAGAUGAAGUUUGGUGAGACAUUUAUGGAGUAUUUACAUGGAGAUCAAGAGAGGCUUUUGGAUAAAUACUCUCAUGUUGAGUAUAAGAGACUUAAGAAAGUACUAAAGAGUUGUAGAACUGGUCAAGCAUUGCAAAAUUACUGUAGAAUUGAACAAGAUCAGGAAGAUAAGGGGAAUUCUUCUUUGUCUCAAUUUUGCCAAUGUCAAUCUUGCCCAUUGUGCGAUCAAUUGUUCUUUACUGAAUUGAUGAGAGAAGCUUCGGACGUAGCUGGAUGCUUUAGUUCUAGGGUUAGAGAUCUCCUCCAUCUUCAUGUUGCUAGAGGAAUGCAAAGAUAUGUGUUGCGGGUGCGUCAGUGCUUCAAAAAUGAUCAGCAAGCGAUGGUAGAAGAAGGGCGGAUGUUGAUUGAAUACAUUACAAUGAAUGCAACUGCAAUACGUAAAAUCCUAAAGAAAUAUGAUAAAAUACAUAGCUCUGUCAAUGGCAAGAAUUUCAAAUCCAAGAUGCAGGCGGAGCACAUAGAGCUUUUGCAUUCACCUUGGCUAAUAGAGUUGGGAGCCUUUUAUUUGAAUUUUAAUGGAUUAGAUGGUGGAGAUUUCAAUGAAUUUUGUGGUCAUUUUUCAUGUGAUCUUAAUUCUACAGAACCUGUCAUAACACUGAUGCUUCCGAAUUCAGCAAAGCUAGAAUAUAGCCUAACUUGUGCUAUUUGCUUGGAGACAGUUUUUAAUCCAUAUGCCUUGAGCUGUGGGCAUCUGUUUUGCAAAUCUUGUGCUUGCUCAGCUGCUUCUGUACUGAUAUUUGAAGGCCUUGAAGCUGCAACUCCUGAUGCAAAGUGCCCAGUCUGUAGAGAGGCUGGAGUGUAUGCUAAUGCAGUACGAAUGUUGGAACUAGAUCUGCUAUUUAAAAAAAGGUGCAAAGAGUAUUGGAAGGAGAGAAGGGUUGCGGAACGUGCUGAGAUGGUAAAACAAACCAAGGAUUAUUGGGAUUUACAGACGAAAUAUGUGAUUGGAUAUUGAUCGAUCACGAGGCUCUCUUAAUUUUUUUUUCUUUAUUCUGGAGUAUUUGAGUGAAGAAAUGAUUUCUUUUUCUAGUACUGUUGAUAGCUUGGAAUUAUAGUACAGUUUAGUUUGGCUGAGUUGCUGUUUGAAGGGAAAGAAAACUAAUAAUUCAAGCUAUUCUAGAGAAGAAACUAAUAAUUUGGCGGUGGUAGAUUAUAGCUUGUGGUUUUAUUAGUGCUUUCUUAUUCAGUUUCAGGGCAAAAAAAACUGUGUAGUAUUCUAUUCGACUCGAUUCAUUUGUUGCCAUGCGUGUGUUGAAGUUCAAGAGUUCAAAUUUGACUUUUGCUUUUCUUCAUA